AUGUACGAUGCAGUCCCUCAACCAGUGGCAGUCAAAUUCUACCUGCCAUUGAAUAUUGCAUUUUAUCUGUGUCUGGUUUCCCAUGUCGUUGCUGCUCUCUACGCUCCCAUUCAGGAUUGUGAUGAAACCUUCAAUUAUUGGGAACCUUUGCACUAUCUCAAUCACGGUUAUGGACUUCAGACAUGGGAGUAUUCUCCGGAGUUCAGUAUUCGAAGCUGGGCUUACAUUUCAUUACAUGCCAUACCUGCCAAGAUCAUUGCAUUGAUCAGUGGGUCUAAAGUCUCCGAGUUCUAUGGCUUGCGUAUUCUUUUGGCAUUCGUCUGUGCUGCCACCGAAACCAGACUAUAUUCGGUCAUAUGCAGAGCUCUGAACCCAAGAAUCGGUAUCAUAUAUCUUUCUAUCGUGGCCUUCACUCCUGGUUUCUUCUAUGCAUCUGCAGCUUUCGUGCCAUCAAGCUUCGCCAUGUAUACAUCAGCAUUGGGGCUGACAUCGUUCAUGGACUGGCACGGUGGGUCCAAGACGGCCACUGGAAUCAUGUGGUUCGGAAUCGGCGCAUUGCUGGGAUGGCCAUUUGCGGGUGCUUUGAUCGUUCCAUUCGUCAUCGAAGACUGGCUCAUCGCUGUUGUUGGUGGAGGAGACUUGUUUGAGAUGUUCAGACGAUACCUCGAUGGCGCCGUUCGCUGUCUGAUAGUGCUUGCUCUGCAAGUUGGUAUUGAUACGUUCUUCUUUCACAAAAUGGUGGUGGUGUCCUGGCAAAUCGUGGCAUACAAUGUCUUCGGUGGCAGAGAUCGAGGUCCGGAUAUCUUUGGUACAGAGCCGUGGCAUUACUAUAUUCGCAAUCUUUUAUUGAACUUUAACAUGUGGUUCAUCUUGGCUGUCGCAUCAGGACCAUUCUUCCUGUUUCAAUCUGCGAUUUUGAGACAGAAUUCGACCAAACAGACCUUCCUCCGCACCCUUACAUUUCUGACACCUUUCUAUCUUUGGUUGGCCAUCUUCAGCCUUCAACCGCACAAAGAGGAGAGGUUCAUGUUCCCAGCAUAUCCUUUCCUAGCCUUGAAUGCUGCAAUCACAUUCCACUCAUUUUUGGCCUGGGUCGGCUCAACCGACUCCGUCAUAUUUGGCAAAAUUCCUCCGAAGCUCAAGCUGGCGACGACCUUGACGCUUGUGUUGCUUUCACUCAAUAUCGGCCUGAUCCGAAUAUUCGGGACGCUCACUGCUUAUCGCGCUCCCCUCCAGAUUUAUGGUGCUCUGAACUCACCGGGUGCGGUGCAAAUUGGGGACACCGUCUGUUUCGGCAAAGACUGGUAUCGGUUUCCAUCAUCGCACCAUCUUCCGAACGGCACACAUGCCAAAUUCAUCAAGAGUGAAUUCGAUGGACUCCUCCCCGGGGAGUAUCAUGAAGGUCAAACCGGAUUUGGCUUUUUCCCAGGAACCUGGCUACUUCCCUCCGGUAUGAACGAUCUGAACCAAGAAGAUCCGGCAAAGCACACUGCGGUCGAGCACUGCACUUACCUUGUGGACACUUACCAUCCUGGAAUGGAAGCAACAAAACAUGAGCCAUUGUAUGCUCUGGAGCCAGAAUGGUCCAAAGUUGCAUGCUACCCAUUUCUGGACGCAGGGAAAACCUCACUACUUGCACGCACGAUUUGGAUUCCUGACCUAUCUGUCAUACCUGCACGUUAUCGUCGGCAUUGGGGCGAGCACUGUCUCCUCAAGCGAAACGAUCCUGCACGAUAUGUGAAGCAUUGA